AUGGAUGACCCUCACAACCCUUACGCUGCUGCCCACAAACGGCCCAGAGGCGCCGGCGAUGCACGACCAACGGCGUUGCAGAUCAUAAAGGACAAUGAUCGCCUCUCGAAGCUCUCUGACCUCGUCAUCCUGAUCACAGGCUGCUCAAGCGGGCUGGGUGUUGAAACAGCCCGUGCAUUGGCGGCGACGGGCGCAACACUCUACCUCACGGCACGGAAUGUGCCCAAGGCCCGGGAGGCCCUUGGGCCAGAGAUCCUCUCAAACUCCCAAGUCCAUCUGCUCGAACUGGAUCUUGAUUCCCUCACGUCCGUCCGGUCCUGUGCGUCGGCCUUUCUCGCCCAGUCAUCCAAGCUCAACAUUCUCAUCACCAACGCCGGCAUCAGGCAUGUCCCGUACGCCAAAACCAAAGAUGGCUUUGAGCGCCACCUGGGCGUCAACCAUCUGGCACACUUCCUCCUCACGUACCUUCUCCUCCCGACUCUUCAGGCGUCGUCGACGAUGGCCUUCCAGUCUCGUGUUGUCGCCCUCAGCAGCACCGCGCACCGACACUCCGAUAUCCACUUUGACGACAUCAACCUUGCCAAACCCGAAGCUUACACGCCACCAACCGGCUACGCCCAGAGCAAGUUGGCAAACGUUUACAUGGCCACGGAGAUCACGAGGCGCUAUGGCUCGCCAAAGGCCGCCCUGGGUCAGCCCGGCGUCUGGGGUCUCGCGGUCCACCCGGGCGGCAUCAGAACGGGUCUGCAAGCGGCCAGUGGGGGACUGCGGGAAGUACUGAAUUGGUACUAUGCACGUAACUUCAUGAAACUGAUCAACUACAUCAAGAGCACCGAGCAGGGCGCGGCGACGACCGUGUUGGCCGCCGUCGGCGAGAGGUUUGAAGGCCGCGGCGCAAUGUACCUCGAAGACUGCGGCGAGGCUGUGCCUGUGAAACCAGGUUGGGGAUUGAUUGAUCCGGGCUAUGUCCCGGGGAGGACUGACAACGAAGAGGACGCCCGGAGGUGUUGGGCGUUGAGCUGCAAGCUCCUCAAGGUGGAAGAUGACGCAUAG